AUGCAUUCGCCUCAUGGUGACGACGGUGCAGCAGUAGCCUGCGACGCCACACAUGAACGCACAUAUGGAUGGCUGGGGCAGGUGACGGAUGUGAGCCAGUAUCAAGACCUGGUCGACGGCCUCAUCAAUGUCGUGCAGAGCCAGGGCCCGUUCGACGCGAUCAUGGGAUUCUCCGAAGGUGGGAUUAUCGCUGCCACCCUUCUUCUCGAGGAUGCGCGGCGACCGUUCGCCAACUUCAAGUGCGGUGUGUUUUUCAGUGCAGCGCCGCCGCUCGACCCCGACAGCCUCAGACAGGGUGAGAUCAGAAGUUUGAAUCCGGACAUGGAUGGAAUCUCGCUCUGCGUUCCCACGGCUCACGUAUUUUCAUACGAGGACGUUUCGACUGGCGUUGGCAACAGCAGCGCCCAGGCCCAGUCACCCUUGUCCAAGCUCUGGGCAGAAGCCGGGUGGACGAGGCCGGAACAUGUGCACACUGCACUUGUUCGACUGUGCAAAAACGCCGAGAUAUUUGUACACGAACACGGGCACCAGAUCCCGGGACCCAAGGACCAUCAGGCGUUGAGGGGAGCUUUUCGAGCCAUCAAUCGCACCAUCGAGCGGGCUCAUGGCUGA